CAAUUAGAAUUACUUUAUUAUUCGAAUGGAAACGUCAAAAAGUUUACAAGCAUCUCGCAGUAUUUAUUUGCUUCAAUCGGAGGGCUCUAACGUUGAAUUUAUCGAAAAUUUUGUAAAAUUAUAGGAAAUUGUGCACGUUAACCAGAGUGCAUCUAAUAUCAAAUCAUUUUGGCCAACAUAUUUGAUCACUUUUGACAACUACUCGUUUGAUUUGAACAAAAAAAAAAAGAAAACAACCAUGGAAAGUAUUCUAGAGCAAUGCGAAUCAAGUGAUGAUCAAAAUUCAUCUCCAGUCAAAAGUAACCGUGAAUCAGAGGAGAAAAUUGAAACGACCGAUUUGACAAAAACUGAACCAAGUCCCGAAAAGGAGGCAGAAUCGGAUGGCACCGAAAAAGAAUCACAAGAUGAUACGGACAUGACAGAUUUCGAUCACAAACCAUCCACCGCUGAUAUUGACAGUUCAGAGAACACUGAAGACACUGAGGCCAACGACAACGAUUCAAAGUCGGAAAUUAAGGACGAUCACAAGGACAUUGACAUCUCAUUUGAUGAAGACAUCAUUUUGCCGAGUGUUCGACACGAUCCGGAACAGGAGCAGAAACAACGUGACCGCAUCAAGCGAAAAGAAAUGAAAAGUCGCAAAGAACUCGAAGAAGAAGAACGUGAAAAAAUGCAAGUUUUAGUCUCGAAUUUUACCGAAGAGCAACUGGAACGUUAUGAAAUGUACCGACGAAGCUGUUUCCCCAAAGCGACGGUAAAGCGGCUGAUGCAGACAAUAACUGGUUGUUCCGUGUCGCAAAAUGUUGUGAUUGCAAUGUCCGGUAUAGCAAAAGUGUUUGCCGGCGAAAUUGUCGAAGAGGCCUUGGACAUAAUGGAACGGGCUGGUGAAACUGGAGCCUUACAACCCAAAUACCUGCGUGAAUCAGUUCGUCGAUUGCGUGCCCGUGGUCAAAUCCCACACGGACGAUCACACAAACAAUUUUUCCGAUUAAACUGAGUCCACUAGUUGAGUUAAUUUAAAUGUAACUUUUAAUUUUGAUUGAAUUUAUUGAAAUAACGACAAUUGUAAUUUAAUAAUAUUGAAUAGAGAAUCGAUUUGUAAAAAUAUUGGGUGAUUUCUAUUUAUGGUCCCAUGAAAAUUUUGUCCAAUGGAUAAAGAUCAUGUUCGACGUUGAGUUUUUGCAGAGUUUGCUUUGUGGCCUACCAGUCUGCAUCUUGAAUAUGUAAAUUCUUCAAAAAUUCGCUCAUUUCUGGAGCCACUGUUUUCGGAUUGUUCUAAUGUACAUAAUAACUUCCAUUGACAUGUGUCAUUUCAAAACACUGCUUGAAUUGGUUUAAUGUACUGCAGAGUAAUUCUAUAUGUAGCAUAAACAGGGAACUGAUAUAUUUUAAGACAAUAUCUUAAGUCAACUGGAAUCUUCUUAACUCAUUUAUUAAAAGUUGCAUGUCAUGUUUUACCAAA